GUUGGUAGGAUAAGGGAUAAAAUAUACCGAGAGGGGGAUCCAAUCCGGUUUGAGCUAGUUCUGGUACUGCUCGGACGUUUAUGUUAAGUUACAGACUGCAGCUGGUGGAGGUGUAGGCAGAGGUAGCUGGGCUGACAAAACAACAACAAGUCCUCCUUUUGUUUGUGUAACUGUUAAAAGAAAGGCAGUGUUCCCUUUUUUUUAAUUCCUGCCGUGCAACCUAAGCAACAAUGGGAAGGAAGAAAGCUACCACUGAUGCAGAUGCAAAUGCAGAGCCAAGGAGAAAGUCUCAGAGGUUAUCAGAGAAAGAGACGCAACCAAAACCCCAGCCAGAAAAGACAAAGGCACCCCCCAAGACCAAAAAGGUGAAAGAGGCAGCCAAGACAGAGGAGAAAAAAGAAGAACCUCAGGCAGAAAAGGAAGAGGUGCCAGCAGAAAAUGGAGAGGCCAAAGCUGAUGAGCAGGCCGCAGCCGCAGACGAAAAGGACGCCAAGGCUGAAGAGGAGGAGAAAGCAGCAGAGUAGUCGUGUUGCCACUGAACUAACUCGUCAAUGCUCCCUGUACCUCCUUUGUUGUAAAAUGCAGAGAAUAUUUUUAUCUACUAUUUUCUUAAGACAGCAGUGUUUUUAGGGAUAUGAUUGCUUUUUUUAAGAAUAGUACGGUUUCCAUUCAGUAUCACGGCUUCUGUGAAGGGAAAGUUUAUUGUGUCCUUGUGAUCUUUUUGUCUUGUGUUUAAUUUCUUUGUCUUUUUUAAAGCCUGUUUACCCGAGACAUUUCAGAGGUACCAUUUUGGAACUUUGUAACCGGUUUUGGAAAAUGCAUCAAAAUGCUGUGCUGGAUGGGUAAUCGUUUGAAAGUUGUGUUCUAUGUUAAGUAAUGCCUUGCUCAUGUUCAUUAUCAUCACAGGAAGUCAUUGGGUUAAUUUUUAUGUUAUUGUGUAUUUGAGACCAAUACGAUUGAUCCAUGUUUUCUGCUUUGCUUUAAACUAAAUGCAUUAGAGUUGUACUUCUGACUUUUUUCCUAUUGUGAAAUCUGUUUGGUUUGGGGAUUUCUCUACUAAUGUAGUUUCCUCCUUUAAACAAAACAAGUUUCCUUUUGUUAUAAAUGGUAUAAAAUACCAAUUAAAGUGAGGACUGAUUUAACCAUG